CCCUUCCACGCCACGUCGCCACCCCCUCCUCUGCUCUCGCCUCCCCACGCCGUCGUCGGCGACACGCAGGCGAACGCGGCUGGCGACGAUGGCGGCGCGAUCCAGAGCACCCGCCGCGGCCGUCGACCCCGAGGUCGUCCUCUCCCACAGGUUCCCGGAGGUCUCCUUCGCCUACGACGAGAGGGAUGUGGCUCUCUACGCGCUCGGGGUCGGGGCGUGCGGCAGGGACGCCGUCGACGACAAGGAGCUGCACUUGGUGUACCACAGGGACGGGCAGCCACACAUUAAGGCUCUUCCUACUUUUGCUUCUUUAUUUCCUAACAAGAACAGCAAUGGACUUGGAAUUGUUGAUGUGCCUGGCCUUAACUUUGAUGCAAGCCUUCUAUUGCAUGGUCAACAAUACAUAGAAAUAUACAAACCAAUUCCUUCGUGUGCCAGUGUUGUAAACAAUGUUAAGGUAGCUGGAUUGCAUGACAAAGGGAAAGCAACUAUUCUUGAGAUUGAAACUAAAACUCAUGUCAAAGAUUCUGGUGAAGUUUUAUGUAUGAACAGGAGCACUAUCUACUUGCGUGGUGCUGGAGGCUUUUCUGAUUCUUCACGACCGUACUCCUAUACUAGUUAUCCCACUAACCAGGUUUCUCGCAUUUCUAUUCCAAAUUCAGCGCCUUCUGCAUUAUAUGAAGACCAGACACAACAAUCCCAGGCACUCUUAUACAGGUUAUCUGGGGACUAUAAUCCUUUGCAUUCAGACCCUACGGUUGCACAGGUUGCUGGGUUCACUCGUCCAAUACUGCAUGGUCUUUGUUCCCUUGGAUUUGCGACCCGCGCUGUCAUCAAAUCUUUCUGCAAUGGAGAUCCAGCAGCAGUGAAAAGCAUCUUUGGUCGAUUUCUUCUGCACGUCUAUCCUGGGGAAACAUUAGUUACUGAAAUGUGGCUCGAGGGCCAGAGGGUGCUUUAUCAAACAAAGGUCAAAGAACGCAACCGCGCCGUGCUUUCUGGAUAUGUGUUGCUCAAACACACCCCCUCAUCAUUGUAAGUGCUGUAUCAUAUUCGUGACUGGAUAUUUUAAACGAAUUGGUGCCUGCUGCUUGCAUUAGUUUGGUAGUGUGUAGUGGUCCGAAAAGGUGAAGCUUUCUGGGGACAUAAAAAUCAGGUUAAAUGAAGAGCUAAGCUACUGCAAGUGGUUGUGUUGCCGUUGUAAUGAUAACAACUACAAGUGCUCUUCACGGAUCUGCAAAUGAUGCAUUCCCUAAA